CCCGAUUCUAGGUCCACCCUCUCGGCGUGCCGGCACUGCUCAGGCACACUCGGCGGCCCACGCUGCCGAGCCGUCAGAUGAAAACGCCCAGACGCGCGGCCUUGCACACUGCAGGACGCCAGCGCCGGGUCGGGGGAUGCAGAGUGUGCGAGCGCCGCGCAGCGGCUGGUCGCCGACGUGCGCGCGCUGCUGCAUCGAUACCGUCCGCGGACCGCGAGAAGUUGCGCAGCCAUGCAAAGACAACGGAGAUACGAGAGAGAGAGAGAGGAGGAGAGAGAGAGAGAGAGAACAAAGAGAUCGAGAAAGAGAAAGAAAACGGGGUGAACGGAGCGUGGAGGGCGAAGGCAACUGAUCACACGACGCGUGCAUCGGGCAUCGAGCCCGAAUUUCGCACCGCUUGCUGCGGGGGUGAGAGUGACAUGUUGAGCUUGUCCGUGUACGCAGGCAACACAAACCAGAUAGACAACUGAAGAAGAGGGUACAAUAUGGCUCGCUGACGUACGCCGGUAGAGGCACAAUGGGAAGACUGACAAUGAUAGAGUUCCCGUGCUCCUGCGAGGCGCCCUGGUAGUUCUAGCUCAUGAAAACCCACUUCUCGUAUUCUUCCGCGGUCGUGCCGAGCGGCUCCUUCAGCCUCUUCCACACGGAGCCGUCGCCCCACAAGAUGGAGCCCGUCUUCCCUGAGACAGAGAGGUCCUGGUCGUGUGGUUCUUGUCGACGAAGUCGGCAAGGACCGUGGUGCCAACUGGGAGCAGCCCGCUGGACUCCAGGCUGCUGCAGCCCGUGCCGCUGCCGGUGUUGCGGGGCUG